AUGUCAUACAAUCAAUACGGAGGAAACCCGUACGGCGCACCGCCUCCCGGCUAUGGCGGAUACGGAAGCCAUCCCCCCCCCGGCAUGGGAGCUCCUCCGGGGCUCGGUAGUGCACCCUUCUCGAGCGGCGAUGCGGAGGAACCAAGGCUGACGGCAGAGUUUCUAGUGCCGCCCCCCGGCAUGGCAUCUUCCGGCAUGGGCCCUCCGGGCAUGGCCCCCCCAGGCAUAAGCGCUGCCCCCGGCGUGCAGUCCUACAGCGCACCGCCGACGUCCAACCGUCCCGGAAACCUCCCGUCCACGUACCAGCCCAUCAACAUGCCGGCGAAUAUUAACUUUAGCGCCCCUGUCAUCCGGCUCGGCACAAGUGCCCCCGCGGGCGGACGCGAGGGACCUUUGACCUCGUCGACCGGCGUACGAUCAGGCAUCGGCGGCGACCGAGGCGACCGAGGUGGAGACCGAGGGCGAGAGCAGGCCGCGGCACUCUUCCCGCCGACGGCCGAUGACAAGCUGCGGGCGAUUGCGGUUCGCGACAUUCCCGGGUCACUCUGCAACGACGGCGAUGCGAAGCGACUGCUGAACGCCAUUGGCCGGCUCCAAAGCUGGGAGACGUCAUCGUCGCUCCUAGAAAAGCACAAUCCAAAAUACGGAUACGCCAUUUUUGAGGAACCCGAGUCGGUGUCGAUGGCGCUCAAGAUCUUCGGCCAAGGUCGCGUCGAGGUUCCGGCGAAGCGACAGGCAGGAACGGCAGAACCAUCGGACGAAGAUUCCUUCGAGGGCAUCGACAAGGUCGCCGUGCUGGUUUCUGCCGACGAAAGUGUCGUCGAGCAGCAAGAGUCGCUUGCGGAGGCGCAGGAAAAUGACGACGACUUCCAGGCUAGGCUGGAGACGGCGAAGCAGGCUGUCAAGCAGGUCCAGCGCGAGCUCUUCUAUCCUUCCCUAGCCGCUCGGGCCGAUGCGGCGGGCGAAGGGACGGUGACGGCGGGCGAGACGUCGGCCAACGUGGAGGUGGUCAACAUCUCCAUCGCGCAGGAAGACGAGCUUGCGGACGUGCCGGCCGAGAUGCGCGAGAUGGUGGCGAAGGAGAUUGCGUCCUUUCGUGAUCGAAGCACUCAACGCGACGUCGAGCGUGCUCGGCGAGAGGAAGAGAUUGUGGAGCGGUACCAGAAGCAGAAUGGCGUGUCGAGCAGCAACAUUCCGCUAGGUCCUCGAUCGGCGACGGUGCCGAGCGCGCCUUCUGGGGCACGGGGCCAGAACGGGACCGAUCGAGGCGUGAGCUUCGUGAACGGCAGCAAGGAUGGUCUCGGGGAGAUCAACGUGUACAGCGACGACGACGGCGACGCGAGCGACAACGCUCUAUACGUUAGGCACCAGAAGAAACACGAGGGCGAGGCGGAGAAGAAGUACCUCGAGGCCGAGCGCAAGUGGCUCAACAGAGAGCGGAUCCGACAGCAGGCUCUCGAGCGCGAGCAGGAGCGCGAGCGGCAGGAGUCGGAGGUGUUGCAGAGACGCAAGAACGAGCAGUGCACGCGGGAGAUGUCUCUGGACGACGACGUCGAGGCUUCGCGCAAAAACAUACUCUACUACCGAGAUCACGAGGAGUGGGCGAGGAAGCGAAACGGCGACCUGUCGCACGAGGUCGCUCGAGACGACGCGGACCGGCGCGAGGAGGACAGGGAGAGGGCGGCGAAGCAGGAGCAGAGCUCAGCGGCGCGCGGGCCGGCCGGUGGAUUCCCGAACCGGCCGGACGGCGACGCGCAGCAGCGGCCGGCGCCGCAACCGUUCAAGCUGUCCCUGGGAGCGGCUGCACAGCGGGCGCAAGCAUCCCGCGCACUGCCCCAGCGACGGACGAUGGCCGAGGUGGAGAACCUGCUGGACGACGAGGACAACGAGCCGACGGUGAAGCGCCAGCUCAUCCCGCUGCAGAUGGACGCGCUGUCGGCGUCGGCGACGAUGACGGAUGAGGAGCUGGCGCAGGCGGUUCGGGCGCUCGCGCAGGAGAUUCCGACAGACAAGGAAGGCCUCUGGGCUUGGGAGGUCAAGUGGGAGCACAUGGACGAGAGCACGAUGCACGAGCGGCUCCGUUCCUUUGUCGAAAAGAAGAUUGUCGAGUACCUGGGCGUGCAGGAGGAGAUGCUCGUGGAGACGGUCGAGGAGCACAUUCGCAAGCGCGGCACGGCGCCGGCGCUCGUGGAGGAGCUGGAAGGAGCUCUGGACGACGAGGCCGAGGACCUAGUGAAGAAGUUGUGGCGCAUGGUCAUCUUCUUCACCGAGUGCGAGAAGCGUGGCCUGUCCGCCUAA